CAGAAUGUGAUGAAGGUAGGAGGCAGAGCUGCAGUAGAGACGGGUGCCAAGCAAAAAGGUGUUAUAGGAUAGAGAAUCAGAGAGAGAAAGGAUGCAACAUAAUAACUAAACACUUCUUAACCAAAAGCAUAGAGAGAGGGCUAAAAGUUGAGUUUAGUUAGUUUAAUGUUUGAACUUACCGUUCUGGUCGUGGUGGGAUAUACAUGAUACACACACACACACACACAUGCAUACAUACUGAGUACAACGUGUUUCGGACAAAAAAAAACCAAGUAUCCAGUGAGUGUGGUAUCGUGUAGGAUAGGCGCGCAGAGAGCGAGAGCAUUAUAACUCUCUGCCUGCUAACUAAUACAAAUAAACUCAAAAAUGAAGGAGUGUGUGUAACCAGCCAGCGUUGUUGGUUUCUUCUUUGGUUAUGUAUUGGUGCUUGUUGGACUACUUUUUACUUACACGGAUUUUAAUACACAACACUUUAAGAGUUUUGUCGAGUUCGACUGGAGUUGGACCUCAUCUCACUCACCAGUCCUGCUUUUUCCACCUACUACUACACACACUCGCAUACUUAUUACCUGACGAGGGUGUGAGACAGAGAGCAAAUACAAGACGAGUGUAAAAUAAGAGACAGAUACAUCAUCGCAAUUAGUAUGCGCCGAUUGGAGAAAAUUUCUUGAGACGAGUCGGCUAAAAGUGAAUCUGUCUAUUUAUCUAUCAUGCUGCAUGUGUCUCUGUGUCUGUGUGUUUGUUGGGAUCACGGGAAGAAAGAAAACUUUACUUUGUCACAAAAACGCAAAUACGGGAACGUGCUUCUUAUUACAUAACUCGAACCCGCCGUGAUUUACCACAAAUUUCUCAACUGACUCGUAUGAAAGUCAAGCUCGUAUUGUUAUUGUUGUGAGCAGAAAUUUAGAGGUUCUCAAUGUGAACAAAUUGUUGAGAAAACUAUUCACAAUUUUAUUACCCAAUGAAUAAAUCGAUACUUCAAUGAGUUCAGUUUUCAGCGCAAAGUUACUACAAAUCUAAUAUCACAGCAUGAAAACAACUUAAUUCGCAUUCAUAAAAGAAGCAGCACUACUAUAAACCUGCGUAUGUGCGAGUACGACUACAUAAUAAUUCGCACCGUAAAACAAAACGGUGGAGAAAAGAAAAUCGUUAAAAGAAAUUUGCAAUAUUAUUGAUGCGUAAAGUUAACGAAGGAAUAUAUAUCCCAACAAGUAUUUAAUCAAGCUAAUGCCAUUCGCUCGCUCGUACACAUUCUUCUACUACUACUUUCAUGAAUGGAACGCCGCAAUGUAAAAAAUAUAUUCGUUUUUACAUCAUUUGUCUCCGUGUUGCAAAUAAUUUAUGCCGACUACAACCAGGCACCGUAAUAAUAAUAAUAACAAAAACAAUCGGGAAAUUGAGCUGAAUAAGUUAUUACAAAACACCGCGUAUAAAAUUAAUAACUGAUAAUAAAAAGGCAACUAUCUACAGAAUCCCGCGCAAUUUCACCCUUGCCACAUUAUUAUUAACCACUACUACUAUACAACCAAAAGCAUUAAGUAACAUUAAACAUUAAUGCAAAUUGUACAACUCGAUAUCAUAACUUACUUAUCACCAUUACCAUCAUCAUCACCGUUGUCGUCGUCGUCGUCGUCCUUAUUAUCUAUCACUUUGCGUAACGGAGAACACGCUACAAAAGAGUCCAGCCAGAAUAAAUAUACAUCGGAUCCAUAAUAAUAAAAUUAUUUCGACGACUCGAGCACGUAUGAAUGUAUGUAGUGAAACCAGUGACAAUAACCGAAUUAUCACCAAGAAGGAUUAUCACCAUUUAUUAUUCUGCGAUGCGAGUAAAUAAUAACACGAAUUUAACUAGAAUGUGAGUAAUUCCAGCAAGCAAUUUAUCCAUGAAUUAAGAAAAAUCUCAUCAUCAGUAUCACGUCACUGCUGCGAGUGCUAUGCUAAUGUGUGUCAGUUAAUUCUUAGUUUCGUUGGAUGUGAAUUAAUUAGUUGUGUUGAUGUGUUGAUAUCAGCAGGAUCUCAGUCAGCUAUGUAAAGCGCAUUUACACACGACCAACGGAGAAAAUUUCACCGUCACUUAAUCCUGCAUAAUACACAAGCACGAUGGAUCUUUACAAGACAAAGUUCUGUAAUCCGAUGAAGAUGAAGGGAAGAAGAUGACCAGUGUCGCAGCGACACUUGUAAUCCCAACCAGGUAGCCGGAACAGCAGCAGCAGAAGAAGAAUAAUCAAUAAAGACAUGGAGCAUCGAAAAAAUCCUCGGAAAAGUCCUGUGGCAGGGGGGCCACAGGCGAAGGUUUCACGGAAGAGAAAUAAGAAUGGAAUAAGCAAGGUUAAAGAGGAGAAGCAUCCCGUUGGUGGUCCGGAUCCAGGCGGUGGCACUGGAAAUGGUCCCAACUCGCUAGGUUCUCUCGUAAACCAAUAUGACCCCAAUUCCAUGGACCUCCCCAACCUCUCUCAUCCCCAGGGGAACAAAGGCGGCCUCCACGACGACAUGCUCAUGAAUGGUGGGGACAUCAAGAUGGAAAACCCACCCACGCCUCACCAACACUCCGAAUGCCCACCCGAUAUUCCGUCCCUUGGCGACAUGGGACACGACUUCCCUCCUGACUGUAAACCUGCAAUGGGCUACGGUUAUCCUCCCUACAACAACAUGCCUCCCGGCGGGGACUUUGGACCACCUCAUCCUCACGGCCCUAUGCACGGGGGACCGUGUGGGCCACCAGGUCCUGGCGGGAUGGGACCGGGUGGUCCAAUGAAUUAUCCUUCUGGACCUCCACAAAUGCACCCUCAGCAACCCCACCCGCCCACGAAACAGCAGCCCAACACCCUCGAAGCCCCCUACAUGCAGCAGCAGAGCCAACUCUUUGUGUUCUCAACAAAGCUGGCGAAUAAGGCAGCGGAAGAAGUGAUUCAACACCACUACCCGAGCAUUAUCGCCUUCCAUACUUCACAACCUGCAACGCGCAAAUUCCUUGAGGUUCGAGUAUCGGAUGAUUGGCGAGAGACGAACUACAUAGGCGGCGAUUGUCAAAGAAAACAUCCGUUCAAAAACAAUUUUGGGCGUCAAUUUCAAAAUUCCAAUUGGCCUGGUCCAGCUCCACCUCCUUCGGGCGGGGUUGGUGGGAAAAUGAAGGUUUCAAAAGGACAGCAGCAGCAACAACAGCAACAAAUGUCCAUGCCACCGAAUAUGGGACCAGGACCUCCUCCACCCAAUAUGCCUCCUGAUUUCAAUCAGAUGCCCGGCCAGGGCGGCCCGCCUCCUGGUCCAUGGAAUACUCAAAAUAGUUCGCCUCAGAAUCAAGGCUACCCGAAUUACUAUGACGGCCCACCGUACGGAGGAGGACCAGGCAAUAUGGGACCUUGUGGCCAAGGCCCGGGUGGGGGUCCCCCUCCAGGAUACUAUAGUGGUCAUCCGAACAAUAUGGGUCCUCAUGGACCUAUGCCCCCCGGAAUUAAGGUUCCGGAUGAGAAUCUAACCCCACAGCAACGAAUGCAUAGAGAAGAGCAACUCGCAAAGAUGAAAAGAAUUCAACAAUUACUGCUUCCAGAAAAUGAUCCUCAUUCAAGUCAUAACGUACCAGGUGGAGACCCAAAUUUCCAUCCAAUGCCGCCUCAUGAAAACUUAGACGUGUAUAAUAUGCCGGGAGAACCUCCUCCAGGUCAUAUGGACUACGGACCCGGCCCUGGUGGUGGUGGUAACAAACAUCCCGGAAACGAAUGGUCCUCUCCGCCAAGCGGGUUUUACAUGGAUGGUCCUCAACAAGGUCAAGGCCAGCCACCCGGACUUAAACCUCCUGGAAUGGGUCCGCAGGGAAAUGGCCGCCCUGGAAAAGGUGGUAGCAUACCUAGUCCAGCCACACCUCUCACGCCAAGUAGUUCAUGUGGUGGUCCUCCAAGACCGUCGCCUCAUUCGCCAAUGUCAGGAGGUGAUGCUAUGUACCCUGGAGGAGGUGGUCAUUCAUUUUACCCCUCAGGUUACUACAGUCCUCAAGUGGGGCCUGGACAAGAACAUUCGCCCUCCUCCGCCGUCCAACGAAAAGACUCUGAAAGUAGCAAUAGUGAAGGGGGCAAAAGUCGGAAGGAAAAGUCUUCUUGUUCUAUAUCCCCCAACUCCUCAGCCCCUCCUUCCGUAAAAGAAGCCAAUCUUAUGCCCGUCCCUUCACCUCAACAAAUACAAUACCUCAAUGUCUUUGAAGGCCAAGAGCUAACGAUACAAAAGCAACCUAACGUCGGACUGACGGACCACAAUAACGAACAUUCUCCUGGGAUGUCUCAGGAUAUGAAUCCCUCAACACCACUAGGCCAACAAAAACCUCCCACUCAACCUCCCACGCCCGUCCCUCUCGGCAGCAAUCAAAAAUCCUCUGAUAUGAAUUCAGGAAACUCAAAUGCAAAGAAUCGGCCUGGUAGCGUAGGACCCAUAACUCCCAAAAAUAAUAAUAACACGACACCCAAUCCCAGCCCCAGGGGACUUGAUAGCACAUCUCAACCCGGAACUCCGCAAAUGAAUCUUGACGGAAUGAGAAAUCCUUCCAACUCAGCAGGGAAUACUCCAAAUAACAGCGGAAUGAACAACUUUGGUCCUGGUGGACCUCCUCCCCCCGGAAUGAAUCCAAAUGGAGGACCGCCCUCACAAUGCAACAUGAUGAAACAAGGCCUACCUCCGAUUGGAAUGGAUGGACCACCGGAUGGCCCAGUUUUCGACAAUGUUCCCCUCAAUCCAAAUCUCAGCGGACCCGGACCCGGACCCGGACCUGGAAAACCAGCAUUCGAUCCCAUCUCUUCUAUGGUACAAAUGUCACAGCAGCUUACAGGCGGAAAUGGCACGCCUCCUAAUCCUUCAGGCAAUAAUAUGGGAAGCAGCAAUGGCAACUACGGAAUGCAUCCUCCUCCCGGAAACACGCAAUUGAAUCAUAACAUGGUAAACUUUAACUCUUCCCUUCAUAGCGUGCAGAAUGUGGACGGGGGAAUUGCAAUGGGAGGGCCACAGACUGUCAACAACACCUAUGUCAAUGCCACAAUGACAAUUCAUCAAAUGAAUAUUCAAAACAUUCCUUCUUACAUGAACCCCAACCCAAACAUGGGUCCUAUGAACAAUCAAAUGGGACAUAUGGGUCCGAUGGGUCCUCAACAAAUGAACCACAUGCCUCCCAUCGGCAGUGGUCCAAUGGGUCCAAUGCCAGGAGGUCCCAACAGCAUGAAUCAAGGUCCGAACAAUAUGGGCCCCGGCGGACCUGGAAAUUCAAUGGGUGGCCCCAUGGGAUGUGGACCUAUGAGUAUGCCUCCUCGUGGAAUGGGUUAUCCAAAUCAAGGACCGCCGCCAAGAAUGGGACCAGGACCAGGAGGACAGGGCCCUCCGGGUGGAAUGGGAGGAGGUUCUAUGCAAGGAGGACCCCCUGGGAGAGGAGCACCUUAUAGAAUGCCUCCAAACGGGCCUCCGAAUGGGCCUCCUAGGCCUUUCGGUGGUACAAAUAUUCAAGUAAAGCCGAAUGCCCCCAAUACUAUUCAAUACCUUCCAGCAAGACCACCUCCUCCUCACAAUCAAGGCCCUAGUGGCAUGUGCUCACCGGGAAUGGGGGGUCCCGGAAAUGGACCUCCUGGAAGAUCGGGUCCUAAUCUCGAAUUUCUCCAACGAUACACCAAUUCAUCUCCUGGCCCUGUGGUCAACGUAAAUAUGGGGAUGAAUGUGAAUGUUGGAAUGGGGAAUCGUCUGCAAUAUCCACCCGGACAAAUGGGGAACAAUGGCCCCAUGGGAAAUAAUGGAGGCCCAUGUGGUGGACCUAUGAGAGGUCCUCCGCCAAUGAUGGACCAAGGCCAUGGUGGUCCAAUGGGUGGUCCUGGUCAGCAAAUGCCCCCUCAAAUGAUGGGUGGUCCACCAAACGGUCCAGGAAUGAAAGGAGGUCCACCUCAAGGAUAUCCUCAAGGUCACAAUGGCCCCGGACCUGGUGGUCCAAUCCCCUCACCUUCUGAUCCUGCUUAUUCCCAACAAUUCCAUCAUUUCCAACAACAACUUUAUGCCACGGGGUCAAACAAUGGGCGAAAUUCAAUGCAGUCAAAUAUGCCCCCGAAUCCUAAUACUCCUCCAAACCAGCAAUUCUUCAAUUACUAACGAAAUAGAAAUCAUCUUCUUUUGGACCUUGUUAUCCGAUCUCCUGAGCCAGCAGUAGCAGCCAUUCCGAAUAUUUACACUGCAACAACAACCUUGCAUUCUAUAGAGCCAAGUCCAUUUAAUUUUGUUACAAGUUUUUCACAGCUAAAAUAAUUAGUUCAGCAGCACCUCAACUCAAAUACCUUCAAAUGUUAUAUCCCACAAUUGACAGUUUUUUAGUUGCCAUUUAUAAUGAUAGACUUUCCAGAUUCAUGGUGUCAUUUAUAAACUGAAAUACCAAAAUAUCUCUGCACUGGUUUCAUCAUCGUGCUCAUUAUUUCAGCCAUUAUUUUAAUAUCUUCCAUUCCUUAUGGUUUCCUGCUAAGCAGGCCCUCAAAUUGUUGAUUUAGCUGAAUAUGUAUAUUUAUAAACAUAGUCCCAUUACUACCACAGCUCGAAUAUUCACACGUUAUUCGGCAUCACACUAUAUAAUACCAUCAUCAUUAUUAUGGGUCAUUGUAUUGGCAGCUUAUUACUACUUGUCAUAGUAUUAACAGUAUUUUGUUUUAUGCAUUUUGAUUGCUAAUUGCUAUACCCACACAGAUGUGGCCUAGUUGGACGAUGGUUGAACCCCCACCAACCAGUAAAGCAGAAGUCACAGAUAAAAAGCUCAAAUGAUAUUUUGAUUGACUUAAUUCUCACCUACUUAAUUACAUGAAAUAUUACAUAUAUUAUUAUUAUCACACUAUUACGUAGAAUUUCCUACAUACAUACGAGAACCAAAAUGAAAUGGCUUUCAUGCAUUCAUUCAAUUCAAUUCAUUCAUAGUGCAUUUAAGUAAAUACGAAAGGACGUCAAGACGAGAACAAACAAAUGAAUACUGCAUGCAUGCAACAGAAUACGUACGCACCACACCCACACAUUUUUUUAAACAACGUACUCAGCUAUUAUUAUUAUUAUGAUUAUUAAAACUAGUUAAAUGCAAACUUUGAAGAGCCAGUGAUAAUAAACUAAAACGUAAAAUUUAGGGCGAUUAAGGUUAAAGAUUUUUUAUUAGUUGGUAGGACCAUCUCUUUCCUCCCCCCACUCAUCACUCAACCACCCCAGAAAUAACGAAGCAUAGUUUUUUUCAUAAUAUUUGACUUCAUUCAUUGUGUACAAAAACAAUGUAAAAUAGAAAAGAUAACACUACUGACAAACAGCGUUAACAGUUUAAGUAAGACUAUUCGAGUACAUACAUACAUACAUAAUAACGAUACAUACAAAUUGCGUUUUUAUACUGAUGACCUUUAUCAGACUUGGCCCUCUUUUACCGGUGGUCUAUUAAUUUAGUAAUAACUUGAAUAAAUACAACUCUCAUUAUCACAGUUAGUACUAAUUACACAAGUGCGUGGUCAAUCGUUAGGGUAAAUUAGAUACUAUUUAACAUAAGGAUAGCUAGGUGGAGAAUUAUGCAAACCAUUAUUAAUACGUAUGGAUAAGUGCAUAUGUGGGUAAAUACAGUACAGCAUACAUACUAAUAAACUCUACGGAUAACAAUAAAUUAGCAUUUACUCGUCUAAGCGAGAAAAGAAGCUGAGGGAUUGUACAUAAAACAUGUGAUCGAUUUUCGGGCAGUUUUGACCCCUACCCCCGCUGGUGUGACCUAUAUCCCCAAGGAUGCCUUGACCCCUACCCCCCUCAAGUCGAUCACACGCUUUUUGCACAGUCCCUGAUCAAAUGAUCAACGAUAGUCGUAUAGAUCUAUCCUGUACAAAUUACAUUUACGGCGAUAGUUUUACAUACUUUUUAGAUAGCUAUUACCUAAUACACACGUGCAUAGAUGCUACAAAAAGCGACAUAAUAAAAGAAUAUUAUACAGCCAUAAAUAGUUUGGUACUACUACACUAAAUACUUAAAAAGUAAGUAAUGGAGAGUGCACAAUUUUUACUCCACAAGAAACUCUGCUCUGAUGUGUAUAAUAAAAAUGUGUAACGUUAGAAUUUUAUUAAAUUCUGGAGAGAAACUUUAAAGAAUAAUAUAGGAAAUAUUUAUCACUUUAAGAUGUAGAGUAGCUAAUAAUUAAUUAAUAAAUACGCCACCACCGUCGCGUCGCCAUGAAUCUUACUUAAAGCUUUUAUAGGAAACAAAGAGAUGAUGAAUUUACUUAAGCAACGUUCUCCAUAAGAAAAAUACACACUUGACAUUUUUUCUCUCAUAAAAUGUUGGUUCAUUAUUAUUAUUAUUGUUACUAUUAUUAUUCAUGUAAUAAGCAUAAAUCAGCAAGUAUAGAUUGGUAGGAAGAUAUAAUAAUGAUACUAAAUAUGUAUUGGUAAAUUGUUACUUUUUUGAUUAUCAAAGCAUUUAUGGAUGGAUCAUACAUAAUCUAUAGAUGCAACCAGUUAAAUAAUUAUUAUGAUAGAUAAUUACAUACAUAUAUAUUGUUAUGAAUUACAAAUAAACUAAAGUAAUAUGUCUACUUAGAUAUGAUACAUAUAGAUUAGAUUUACGAGUAUUUAAUAAACAGAUCAAUUGCUUGUGCCAUGAGAAGUUACAAGAUAAAACGGAAAACAA